GCAUCAAAGGAAAUUUAGCUUCUUUGGUUAUUAUUAAGCCAUGGAAGAGACAUUUGUUCCAUUUCGUGGAAUAAAGAAUGAUCUUCAAGGAAGAUUCAUGUGUUACAAGCAAGAUUGGAUUGGUGGUUUCAAUGCUGGUUUCAGGAUAUUAGCCCCCACUACAUACAUAUUUUUUGCUUCAGCAAUUCCCGUUAUUUCAUUCGGAGAACAAUUGGAAAGAGAUACAGAUGGAGUGCUUACUGCAGUUCAAACCUUAGCAUCUACUGCAUUGUGUGGACUCAUACAUUCUGUUCUAGGAGGCCAGCCUCUGUUGAUUCUCGGAGUCGCAGAACCAACUGUGAUUAUGUAUACAUUCAUGUUCAAUUUCGCUAAAAGUAGACCGGAUUUGGGUUCUUCGCUCUUUCUGGCAUGGAGUGCAUGGGUAUGCUUGUGGACAGCAGCUUUCUUGUUCUUGUUGGCUAUCUUGGGAGCCUGCUCCAUCAUCAACAGGUUUACGCGCAUAGCCGGGGAACUGUUCGGCCUUCUUAUUGCAAUGCUCUUCAUGCAAGAGGCUAUUAGGGGACUCAUAAAUGAGUUUAAUGUACCUGAAAGAGCAAAUCCAGCAUCAGCUGAGUUUCAACCCUCAUGGAGAUUUGGAAAUGGCAUGUUUGCUUUGGUUCUGUCCUUUGGCCUACUGCUUACAGCAUUGAGAAGCCGAAAAGCAAGGUCUUGGCGGUAUGGUUCAGGAUGGUUAAGGAGCUUUAUAGCAGAUUAUGGUGUCCCAUUGAUGGUUCUGUUAUGGACUGCUGUUUCUUAUAUACCAGCUGGUAGUGUUCCAAAAGGAAUACCUAGGCGCCUCUCAAGUCCGAAUCCAUGGUCCCCGGGUGCAUAUGAGAACUGGACUGUCAUAAAGGAUAUGCUGGAUGUGCCAAUUAUGUAUAUCAUUGGAGCAUUUAUUCCUGCAACAAUGAUUGCUGUGCUUUAUUAUUUUGAUCAUAGUGUGGCAUCUCAGCUUGCUCAGCAGAAAGAAUUCAAUCUAAGAAAGCCACCUUCUUUCCAUUAUGAUUUACUUCUUUUGGGAUUCAUGGUUAUAUUAUGUGGUCUAAUUGGAAUUCCCCCAUCAAAUGGUGUGAUUCCACAAUCUCCAAUGCAUACCAAAAGCUUAGCUACACUAAAGCACCAGAUACUUAGAAACCAGCUUGUCGCCACGGCUCGAAGUUGUAUAACAAAGAAGUCAAGCAUGGGACAACUAUAUGAAAGCAUAAAAGAAGCUUACCAGCAGAUGCAAACCCCUCUAGUUCACCAGGAGUCUUCUCGAGGGUUAAAAGAGUUGAAAGAGUCAACGAUUCGAUUGACAUCAAGCAUGGAGAGUAUGAAUGCUGCAAUUGAUGAGUCAGUAUUUGAUGUCGAAAAGGAAAUCAAUGACAUAUUGCCCAUCGAGGUCAAAGAACAAAGAGUGAGCAACUUACUCCAAUCUUUAAUGAUUGGAGGAUGCAUAGCAGCAAUGCCAUUCUUGAAAACGAUUCCAACUUCUGUACUCUGUGGUUAUUUUGCAUUCAUGGCCAUCGAGAAUUUACCUGGGAACCAGUUUUGGGAACGCAUUUUGCUAAUUUUCACUGCUCCGAGCAAGAGAUACAAAGUUUUGGAGGAGAGCCACACAACUUACAUUGAAACAGUACCUUUCACAAGAAUUGCAGCAUUUACGAUCUUCCAGACUGUGUACUUGAUUGUUUGUUUUGGUAUCACAUGGAUUCCAAUUGCUGGGGUUCUGUUCCCUCUUAUGAUCAUGCUUCUUGUUCCUGUAAGACAAUACAUUCUGCCCAAGUUUUUCAAAACCGCGCACCUCCAAGAUUUAGAUGCUGCAGAAUAUGAAGAAGUACCCGCCACACCGUUCGACGCCACGGAGGGAGACUUGGGCAAGACAGCUUCCUUCCCAGAUGAUGGAGAGAUUCUAGAUGGUCUAAUUACCCGAAGCCGGGGUGAGAUAAGGUGCGUUUGCAGCCCAAAGACAAGGAGCUCCACCCCACCAACAGGAGAGUUGGCAAAUUUUCAGAGAAGUUCGAGCUUGCCAGAUAGAGUAUACAGCCCUCGGAUAAGAGAAUUAAGAGGAUAUCACGUUGGGAUAUUGUAA